GCAGCCUGCAAUUCGCAAGCCUCGGCCGGAUACUCGAAUAUAUGUACGUUGCAAUAUGGCGAAUUGAUCGAAAUGAAUGAAAGAAUUUAUCAUCUGUAAUUUGACAAACACGAUCCAGCCGCACCUAGUAUUUUCAUCUUUUAAGGAACAAAUUUUCCGACAAACAACCUAGAAAUGAGUGAACUUACACCAGAUGAGAUUCGUCGGAGGCGUCUAGCUCACCUAGAUAGAAGUCCUGCUGGUCCGGUAGCUAGGGUGACUCCAAGCCAGGAAUCUAAUGUGGACCAGCCAGCGACACCUACUUCUCCAACACAACUUGGAGCAAGCCCAAUUAGAGCCCCAAGACCUCCACUGGUUGUCGAUGUUACUGAAUCUUCAGCAAGCUGUAGUGAUCUAGGAAGGGGAAGCUCCGUAGAGGGCGCUCAGAGUAAUACAAGCAGCCAAUCACCAAUCUCAGAGGAACCUAUGCCUAGCUUAGACAGCAGUGGGAUAGGGAGCCUAGACCCUGAUCCUCCACAAAGUGUUGACAUGGAUUUCCAAUCGGCAUGUGAUGUAGGGUCUCUAUCUCAGAUGGAUGUGGAUUCUGGUAUUGAGACAACAGAAGUAGAAGAAGCUCCCUCGGCAAAAAAGAAGUCUCCCCCUCGUUUGCUGUUAUGUGGAGUAAGUGAACACACCCUGUUGAUGGUUAUGUCUAAAGUGUUUCAUAUAUCAUGGAAGGAACAGGGUUCAGGUGUCCUUUAUCUCAAGGGGCUGGCAGCAGAGUUUGCUGAGGAUCCGACAAAAGUGUUUGGGAGCAUGGAAGACUUGGUGUGUUUGGUUCUGAUGGAGGUACUCACAUUACAUUCAUCCAGUGGAAAUCCAUACUCUAAUCUACCAGAAUCUCAGGCAGCUAGUCCAAGCGGACCUUCCACAUCAUCCGCAUCAACUGGUAUCCAACGUGAAGCAGAGAUGUUGAACUACCUGGUACAGUGUGUACAAAGAACUGCCGCAGAGGAAAGAUCAGCUUCUGAAGUUUACAGACAGUAUCCAGCCAUGAGAGACCUAUUACAAGCUGCUAGGCAUCAAUGUGUAUGUCAUGCUGCACUUCUACUACAGGGAAUCUUUACUCAACCUAGGUCAACUACCGAUCAAUCUCCGCUAUUACCAAUGUUAGAAGAACUCAAUAUGCCAGGAAGCUUCCUUCAAGAGCUUGUACUCCAAAGUAAUUAUGAUCCCCAAGGAUUUAAAAGUAUAUUUUACCCUGUCAUCAUUGGACUAGUACAGAAACUUCAACGAAGCUCACUAUCCUCAGAUGAAUACAGGACACCUCUCAUGAUUUUAAGUGAACUAUGCAGAAUAAAAGUUGGCAAUUCAAGACCUAUUUGUGGCCUUUUGGCCUCAUCACCUCUCUGGUUACCUGAUCCUGUUAGCAGUGCUGCCGGACGAGAGCUGGAACAAUUAUCCCUUCUAGGAGCUUGCUUGAGACUCUCCGUCUUUGCUGAAGAUGAUCAAAAAGUAGCAGACAAAUACUUUGCUACCACUACAGACAGUGCAAGACUGGCCGCUGAUACUCUUCAACGAAUACUGGAUCAAGUUAGGGUUGAACAGCAUCACAUUGUACAUAGCAUACUGGUAAACAGUGCAACUAGAGAAUCAAUGCUAACAUUCCUAAGUAAUGUGUUAUCAAGAAACAACAAGAGAGCUCAAAUGCAGGUUGAUGAAAGUCAGGUUGCAGGGGAUGGUUUCAUGCUCAACCUACUCGCCAUCUUUCAUAGACUAAGCCAGAAGAUCCAACUGAGCAAGGUUGACGUACGAUACACACACCACCCAAAGACUAGGGUGGAUGUCUCUCAAGAAACUAAGAUGAACAUGACGGAACAGGAGGCCCAGGAGUGGCUCAAAAGCAUCAAGCCCGAGACGUGGGUGGAUCCCAAGUUCCCAACGGAGUGCUACUUCAUGACCCUUCACUGCCAGCACCUUGCCCUCUUACCAGCCUGCAGACACUACUCCCAACGGAUUCGAACACUGAGGGAGCUCGCCAGGCUGACAGAGGAUCUACAGAACCAGGAACCCCAGUGGAAGGGGACUCCCCUGGAGCGCAGGAACAGGCAGCUCCUUGAGCGUUGGAAGUCACAGACGAAGAAAAUUGAGAAGGCUAAAGUGUGUGCUGAUGCGGGUCUGUUGCAUGAGAAUCUCUUGCGAGGUUCAUUCCAGUUCUAUGGCACCGUCAUGUCUCUUCUGGUGGGUCUUGUUAGUCCCAAUGGACCAAGCCUUCCGUUACCAACAGACAUUCCUCCUGAAUUUGCUGCUCUGCCAGAAUACUACAUAGAAGAUAUUGCUGAAUUUCUUCUCUUUGUGGUUCAACACAUGCCUCAAAUCUUGGAAGACACUGCCCAACAUGAUAUGGUUCCUUUCCUACUAACCUUCAUGUGUUCUAGUCAGUAUCUCAAGAAUCCUUACCUUGUUGCUAAGCUUGUAGAGGUAUUCUUUGUGCUUAGUCCAGCUGUUCAACCAAAAACUGCCAAGCUCUUUGAGGCCAUUCAACUCCACUCGCUAGCCAUUCCGCAUCUUGUUCCCGCACUCAUGAAAUUCUAUACUGAUAUUGAGACAACGGGAGCAAGCAGUGAAUUCUAUGACAAGUUCAGUAUCCGUUACCAUAUCAGUAUAAUCUUCAAAGCUCUCUGGAGGAUUCCCUUACACCAAGAUGUCUUUGUAAAGACCAGCGAGGUGCAAGAUUCAAACUUUGUUCGAUUUAUCAACAUGCUGAUGAAUGACACCACGUUUCUCCUUGAUGAGAGCAUUGGUUGCCUGAAACGCAUCCAUGAGAUUCAAGAAGUCAGGAAGGAUCAACAGAAAUGGAGGGAACUUUCUCAGGAUGAGCAGCAGAGCCGAACUCGUCAGCUUUCUUCUGAUCAGCGUCAAUGCCGAUCCUACCUCACACUUGCCAAUGAGACUCUAGAGAUGUUCAACUACCUCACUGUACAUAUCAAGAAACCCUUCCUAAGACCGGAGCUGUGCAGUCGUCUUGCCGUCAUGCUAAACUCCAACCUUCAGCAGCUAUGCGGCCCAAGGUGCAAUGAUCUCCGUGUUGAGAACCGUGAGAAGUAUGGUUUCGAGCCACGUAAGAUGCUUGAUCAAUUGACCACUAUCUAUCUCAACCUGGACAGUAAAGAACUUGUAGAGGGCAUCGCUGCGGAUGAGAGAUCCUUUUGCCAGGAUAUCUUCGCUGAAGCCAUCCUCAUUAUGAAUCGGAACAAUAUCAAGUCCUCAUCGCAGAUCCAGCAGUUCUCUGAUCUAUCUCAGAGGGCUCAAAGAUUGGCCGAGAUGAAUCGACAGACGGACCUUGAUCUGGAAGACGCUCCUGAUGAAUUUAGAGAUCCACUGAUGGCGACGUUGAUGGAGGACCCGGUGACGCUACCAUCUGGUAAUGUCAUGGACCGCUGUGUGAUAGAGCGCCAUCUAUUGAACUCACAGACAGACCCGUUCAACCGUAGUCCUCUCAGCAGUGAUAUGCUGAUACCAGCCACUGAACUCAAGGAGAGGAUACAAGCAUGGAUCCAAUCAAAGAUUAGGAAAAAUUGAUGGUCGGAUCAAACCUACAACAUAAACCAACCAAACCAUAUCAAUCCAACAACUCAACCCAGGUCCAAGCACAGCUCGCUUCCAGAGUCAGCAUGGAUUAGCCAUCGCAAACCUGAUGGCAAUGAAGUGGGGAAUGCAUAGAAUACUGCUUCAGGGAUUAUUCUUACAAUUAUGAUUGAUCCAAAUGAUCUCAGCUAUGGAAAGCUAUAUAUCACAUAAUACCUUCAUCAAAGAACAUCCUGUGUAAGCAUUAAUUAGCCAUUGUAAACCUGACAAAUAGUGUGUAACAUCAGGGCCUUGAUAAUACUACUACUAAUAAUAUAGGUAUAUUUA